AGGGGCAGACUGACCAUUUGGAAACUCGAGCACUGCCCAAGGGCCCGGGGUCAGUAGGGGGCCCCAUGAGAUGCCCCUGGUACCUUUUUCAUAGGCUUUUUUUUGAGUUUGGGCAAGGACACAGGGGCCCCAUGAUCCCCUAUUGCCCGGGGCCCCAUGAGUUGUCAGUCCGCCCCUGGUGCCUGAGUUUCCAGAUGGUCAGUCUGCCCUUGACAGGAUCUAUGGAGCAUAAAGCGUGAAUAAGGAGCUCAU